UCUAAUUGACUUAAUUUCGAAUUUUGUAAGUGCUAGCUUAGCUUUAGCUUUGAAGUCAUUAGCCAUUACUAUUUUAACUUGAACAUAUUAGACUCGAAGGACAUAUAAUUCAGAUUAUUUUGAAGGUAAUGAUUAAUUUUCAUUUUAUUGUUUAAUGUCAUUUUGAGUUAUUAGUUAGGUUCUUUUUUUAAUGAAGCAACAUUACUUGAGUUGUUUGAUAAACCUUUGUCGAAGGAGAUAGUUUUUGUCUGGAUAUAACCUGUGGUAAUUCAUUUUAUUAGAACAAGGUUUUUUGCUUGUUUCUUAUUUUCUGGGGAUAUUACUGUGUGUUUAUGUGUAGAAAGAGAUUAUAGUCCCAUAGUCUUUUAAACUUAGUCGGUAAACACAAAAAAAUUAAACAAGUAAGAACAUGACAUUAGCUUACAACCAUGCACUGAAAAUAUAACUACCAGACAUACAAAUAAAAGUAAAAUAACUGUGUGACUGUGGUUGGGUGUCAUAUCACCCUGCCUACAUCACAGAGUGGGUGUGGGUGUGUGUCCUGAAAAGAAGUCAGACAGGUUGGACUGAUCUCCACAUAAUGGCUCGAUACUGUACCUAUGCAUAUGGAAACUGGCAAAGCCGAUGUUUUUAAAGUUAAUUCUGCCUGGAAGUCUGUUCAUUUUAAAAUCCGUCAGCGGUGCUGUCGGUCAUUUAACUCAGGAGAAGAGAGCCCAGGUAUGGAUCAACAAGCUGCAACAUGACUGACAGUGAAUCACCUGAGCGAGACGGAAAGAAUGCGCAGUGACUUGGAGCUGUAAAAGGGAAGGAACAGAAGACGGGAAAGUUAAGUCAGACGGCUAUAUAAGUUAUGUAUAAGAACUGUCUUUGUUUUAUUAAUUAAAAAGUCAAAUAUCCUCGAGCAGUUAUUCGCGUCGUGAGCGCGCGAACGUUCCCACCGCGGGCGAUGCCGGUGGCACUGUGGCGCACAGGACUGCUGCUCAGCUUUCUCACCUUCUGCGCCUGUCAGGAGGAAGACUGUGUCCUCGGCAUAGUCGGACGGCCCGUCUCACUGCCUUGCUUUUACCCUGAGUUAUUUACCUUUGUGAAUUAUUCCAUUGAGUGGAGGAGAGAUGAUGAAGUGGUGCUCAGGUCAAAGUGGGAGACGGAUGGAAGAAAUGUGGAGAAAUGGAGCACUGACAGUGCAACAGUCUCUGCUGAUGCUGCGCUGAGUGGAAACUUGACUUUGUCACUGACCACAGUUGAUCCCAAAGAGGACAAAACGUAUUAUAGUCUAUUCAUCAUUUCAGGGGGAAAUCAGAGUGCUCCCAUCUGCACUGUGUGCCUCAGAACAGCAGCCAGUUUCAGCUCCCCACAGCUGCAGAGGGAAGAGGCAGUGCAGGGAGAGGAGACGGCCUUCUUGUGUCACUCCAGCGGUGGCUUUCCUGAACCUGCUGUUUACUGGCUCAUCAACGACACAGAGGAGCCCCCUGAAGGUUCAGUGAGGACCCUGGCGGCAUCGCUCCCAGACUCCCAACUCUACAACAUCACAAGCCAGCUGACGAUCAACAUUUCCAAAGAGUCCAAUGUGUCAUGCAUCAUACAGAACCAGUUCAUGAACCAAACCUUGAUGUCCACCAGCUAUGGAGCGAAGGGCAGCCCGAUGGUUAGCCGAGCAUCACAGGCCAUGUGGAUCUUCAGCACGGCUCUCUGUGUGGUGGUCGGGGUCAUGGUGUUGGCGGGAGUGGCCUAUCAGAUCCACCUGGACAGGAUAAGUAAGAGGAAGAAGGAGGAAUACAAUCACCAACACCUGAACAGAGGACUCAAAAGACGACAGUCAUUCGAGGAGGAGACCCAGACAAUAAGGCUGGAGUCAAAAGAGACUGAUGUGUGAAACUUGAGUUGAUAAAUCUUCCCAACUGUUACUUUUUCAGCCUGAGAUGACAGAGCACUGAAUAUCUGAUGAUGUUGUAACCACUGUAUUCACCACCUCAAUAUUUAAUAGGGAGGUGGGGGUUAACCAUGUGCUUAGAAGUAUAGUUAGUGUAGGUUAAGUUUUCUGCGCACACAAAGCUAAUAUCACCACUUCACUUACUGGAACGUUGUUACUGGACACUUCCUUUAUGUUUUCUCACAGGGAGGAGUUGUUGUCUUUCAGGAUUUAAUAAAGAUUCCUAAACCCAUA